AGGAGGUAUUCUCCAUCACAAAUGUUCAGAAAUCAACGACGCACCCCCCAAUCACAGGAUAUUUUGUUCCCCAUGGUGCAAAGAGAAGGUUCAAAUGUGGAAACACAGGAGAACGAUCCUGACUAUGUCCCAUCACAACGGUCGACGAGUGCAGACAAUAUCAACACUCUCGAACCAACCUCGGCUUUUUCAGUCUCACAUUGGAACUUCCGUCCUCGCAGGUUGGCACAUGUGUCACACACCUGGACCCGAGGCUCUACGAGUGCAAAUACUCCCGAGUCAGCAAGCAGAGUCCAAGCCCAGCAUCACUUUAGGGGUGAUGAACCUACACAGGCCAAUUUGGAGGAUAAAACAAUGAUAACAAACCGCAAGGUGCAAUUAAGUCGCACGCGGGACUCCCUUAGGGAGCGAAAUGAAACUCUGCAAAAGGACAUGGAAACUUUGCGCCAACAAAUGGAAGAGUUGCGCACGGCACAACAACAAGCAACAGAUGCUCCACAAAUAGCCUCUAUAUACCUGAUAGAGCAUGUGAGAAGUUACAAGCUAGCAAUGAUGAUUUAUGGAGCGUCUGAUGCAUUAUUGUGCAGAGUGUUCCCUUCUUCACUGAAGAAAGCAGCUCAAACCUGCAAAGUCCCGAAGAAGACUAACCACCAUCUAAUGAGUAUCAGGCAGAAAACUGAUGAAAGUUUAAGGGCCUACAUAGCUCAUUUCCAUAAUGAAUCUUUGCAGGUGGAUAAUCUGGAUGAAGGAGUGGCAAUGCAUGCCUUGAUGAAUGGCUUGAAAGAUUGUGAUUUCUUGCACUCUCUAAAUAGAGAAGAACCAAAGAGCCUUAAGGACAUACUUCACAGGUCAAAAGGCUAUAUUCGAGCUGAAGAACGUGCUAUAGCCAAGAAAGGUGGUGAGUCUUUCGAACCUAAUUUAGUUGUAGUAGGAAAUAAAAAGCGAAGGUUUGACAGGUCAAAUGACAUAGCUGAUGUCAGAGGAGGAAAGCGAGGAGUUGGUAGAAAUCUCAAGAAUUAUUGCUCUACAUUGCAAGAGGCGCCAAGGGUGUAUACCACAUUCACACCUUUAAACACCUCAAUGGUGCAUAUACUUGCAGUGGCAAAGGAGAUAGAACACCUCAAUUGGCCUGAAAAGCUUCGUAGUAAUGGUAACAAGCGUGAUAAGACUCGUCAUUGUGCAUUUCAUGGGACCCAUGGUCAUGAUACAGAGGAUUGUAAGCAACUCAGAAUGGAAAUUGAACGAUUAAUUCGUAGAGGAGCGUUGAGGCAAUUUGUCGGGCAUCCAGGAAGCCAGAGGGGAGCAAGGAGAAUGGAAAGGUCACAAGACAGGAGGGAAGCUGGUUGGCAUAAAGAGAAGGAAUCUCUAGAUGUUGUGGGGGUAAUUAAUGUUAUAACAGUCCCACCUUCAGCAACUCCAGCAUCUAUGGCUUUAGCAGUCAAAGGAAGCAAUGAAAGCCCACCUUCAACUCAAACCAUCACUUUCACUGGGAAGGAUCUGGAUCAAAGGGAGGUAUUCCCACAUGAUCCACUAAUGAUUGAAAUAGUGGUGGAAGAUAGAAAUCUACGAAAGGGCAAGGUGAUGAAGCGUGUCUUGGUGGACACAGGGAGUUGCAGAGAUGUGAUGUGUUAUGGAGCAUUCAAAAAGCUAGGAGUAUCUCCACAACUGAUGAGACCUUGUGAUUUUCCAUUGGUGGGCCUUUCUGGAAAAUCCGUGCCUGUAAGAGGUAUUAUCUCUCUCCCUAUUCAUGUUGGUGUUUCCCCUUGUGUGGUUGUUGUUACCUUAGAUUUCUUUGUUAUUGAUGUCCCUUCCUCUUUUAAUGCAAUUUUGGGACGUCCUGGGCUUAACUCCUUGCAAGCGGUGGUCUCUACACAAGCAAUGAUGAUAAAGUUCCCUACGCCAAAUGGAGUUGGAAUGGCAAGAGGGAAGCCUGUUGAAGUAGUGGAGGAAAAAACUCUGACAGUAGAUAGCCUAGACAUGAGGGAGGAAUUGAAGGAAUGUCGAACUGAGCCAAUUGACCAAGUAAAACCUGUGGUUCUUGAUGAGAAGAGGCCCGAGCGUACAGUCAACAUUGGUGUAGACAUGGAUCCAAGCUUUAUGGCACAAUUGGAAAAUUGCUUUAGGGAGCAUAAAGACAUUUUUGCAUGGUGUCCAGUAGAUAUGCCAGGUAUCGAUCCAAAGGUUGCAUGCCAUAGGCUUGGAGUUAACCCAGAUGCUGUUCUUGUUAGACAGAAAGUGCGACACUUCGGGGCUGAAAGGACUGUAGCUAUUGAAGAAGAGGUAGCAAAGCUUAAAGAGGCAGGAUUCAUUCAAGAGAUUACUUUUUCUGAAUGGUUAUCAAAUGUGGUGAUGGUGAAAAAGGCCAAUGGAAAGUGGCGAAUGUGUGUGGACUUUACAGACUUAAACAAGGUAUGUCCCAAAGACAAUUAUCCUUUGCCAAAUAUUGAUGAACUAGUUGAUAAUUCCUCUGGUUAUGUGGUUUUGAGUUUAUGUGAUGCAUACUCUGGGUAUAACCAAAUUCCUAUGGCAAAGGAGGAUCGGGAUAAAACUGCAUUCAUAGCAGCAGGUAAAUGUGUUGAAGUUUAUGUGGAUGAUAUUUUGGUGAAAAGAAAAAGCUUAGACCAACACAUUGAAGACCUGAAACAAGUCUUCGAGGUACUCAAAACCCAUAACAUGAAGCUGAAUCCUACAAAAUGCACUUUUGGAGUCAAGGCUGGGAAAUUCUUAGGAUUCAUGUUGACAAGCAGGGGCAUUGAAGUCAAUCCAGAGAAGAUUCGUGCAGUGUUGGAGAUGAAACCUCCAUCCUCAACAAAGGAAGUUCAGAAGCUAAUGGGAAAGGUAGUUGCAUUGAGCAGGGCAAUUCCAGGUGAGAAAUUGUACUUGUAUAUUGCUACGAGUAUCGAGGCAAUUAGUACUGCAUUGGUUAGGGAAGAUGGAAGCAAGCAGGAGCCUAUGUAUUAUGUCAGCAAAGUGUUGCAAGGGGUUGAGACAAGAUACAAGCCUUUGGAGAAGUUGGCCUAUGCUAAACCAGAUUUGGCAAGGAGACUUGUAAGGUGGAGUAUUGAGCUCACAGAGUUUGAACUGGAGUUUCAGCCACGGAGAGCAAUGAAAGCACAAGUACUGGCAGAUUUCAUAGCAGAGUUAAGCAAGGAGGAAAAGGCUGUAAUGCAAGCACCACUCAUAGACGUACCAUGUAAGAGGAAAGCUCCAGAGCCAAAGAAACCAACAAAAAACCUACCUUCUAACCUUGUGUGGAACCUAUAUGUUGAUGGCCCUUCUAAUGCAGCAGGAAAGUAUGAGGCACUUCUUGGGGGAUUGAGACUUGCCAAGGCAGCAGGAGUGGAGUACUUGAGGAUUUAUAGUGAUUCACAACUUAUAGGAUAUGAGUUGAGCCAAGUAAGAAGGUUAGAGAACCUUAAAGUCGAUGCCUUGGAAAAGAUGGCAAGCAUAGGGCUAGGUGUGUCUGGAGUGGAAGUUUAUAUAGAGACACUUUCUUCACCUAGUAUAGAGAUGGAAAAUGCUUUGCCAACACAAGAGGAGCAAAGCUGGAUAAAUCCAAUUCUCACUUUCCUUAAAAGUGGAAUCUUACCAGAAGAUGAAAAAGAAGCUAAAAGUUGCAGAGGAAAGCUGCUUGCUGAUGCUAAGGCAUAUGUCAAGAAGUGUGAUAGAUGUCAGAGAUUUGCCCAUGUCCAGCAUCAACCUACUAACCCUUUGCACAUGAUAGUAGCCCCAUGGCCUUUUGCUCAAUGGGGGAUGGACAUCCUUGGUCCUUUCCCCGAGGCUAAGGGAAGGAAAAAGUUCCUUAUUGUGGCCAUAGACUACUUUACUAAGUGGAUCGAGGCAGAACUAGUAGCUCGAAUAACAGAACAAAAGGUAGAAGAGUUCGUCAAAAAACACAUUAUGUGUCAGUUUGGGAUGCCGAGGGUUCUGGUUACAGAUAAUGGAACGCAAUUUGCAAGUGAGGCCUUCAAAGAUUUCUGCCAAACAGGAAAGAUAGAGAGGAGGUUUUCGGUCAGAGCACAAUUAGAGACAGAAGGUUUGAGUUUACAGCAAAUUGAGCAGAGGUUUGCUUCUGUAGCUUAUCCAGAGUCUAAUGGACAGGCAGAGGCAGCAAAUAAGGCUAUCUUAGAGAGUUUAAAGAAGAAGGUAGGGUUUGCAAAAGGAACUUGGACAGAGGAGUUGCCAUACACUUUAUGGGCGUACAGAACAACACAUAAGACUCCAACAGGAGAAACUCCAUUCAAUUUAACAUGUGGUUCAGAAGCUGUAGUGCCGGUUGAAGUUAAGGUGCGAAAUUACAGAACGAACUACUUUAAUGCCAACUCCAAUGAACAAGCUUUAAGGGAGAAUCUGGAUCUUUUGGACGAAGCUAGGGAUCUGUCCCAAAUCCGUGUUGCCCAUUACCAUAGGAGAGUGGAGAAGUACUACAACAGUAAAGUUAGACCCAAGGACUUACACUAAAGAGACUGGGUCUUACGAAAGGCAGAGGUCACAGAGUGCAAUUCUCAUGAAGGGAAGUUACGCCCUAGUUGGGAAGGACCAUAUUUGAUUCAAAAAGACUUGGGUAAUGGAGCUUUUAAACUUGUUAAGCCGAGUGGAACUCCAAUCCCAAGGGCUUGGAAUGCAGUUCAUCUGAAGAAGUAUUAUCAGUAAUUUUUUCUUGUUUUAGCAAGGUUGAAUAAAUUUUGUGAAUAAAA